AAAUACUAUAAACUACUUAGUAAUUUAUUUAUUUUUAAUCACACAUUAAACAGUUGUAUAUCUUUUAAUUAAUUAAUUAAUCUUUCCAGAAAAAGCCCGCACAAAGAGUGACCUCGCAUAUAAAACAAAAACUCCCUUCUACGCCAAAAAUAAAACACAGAAAUACUGAUAAUCAUCAAAUAGAGAGGAAUUAGAGAGACAAAGUAAGAGAGAGAAAAAGAGAGCAGCCAUGGAUACGUACGGAACGAAGAGCAGCAAGGCAGAUUACGAGGUUGACCUAGAGGCCGGUGGGAAUUUGCUCUACCCAGGGAUCGGCUACGGUGAGAAUCAACUCCGGUGGGGUUUCAUUCGCAAAGUCUACGGCAUCUUGUCCGCUCAGAUCCUCCUCACCACCUUGGUCUCCGCCAUCAUUGUGCUUUACGAGCCUGCUAAUCAGCUCCUCCGGGGAAAUUCCAGCCUCUUGUUGUUCCUCUGCAUCCUCCCCUUCGUCCUUCUGUGGCCGUUGCACGUGUAUCAGCAAAAGCAUCCUCACAACUUUAUCUUCCUUGGACUCUUUACUACUUCUCUAAGUUUGACUGUGGGAGUCAGCUGUGCUCAGACAGAUGGCAGGAUUGUGCUUGAAGCUUUGUUCUUGACAUCUGCAGUUGUCCUCGGCCUUACUGGAUAUACUUUCUGGGCUGCCAAGAAGGGUCAUGAUUUCAGUUUCCUGGGGCCAAUUCUCUUCACUAGUCUUUUUAUAAUCAUACUGACUGGCUUUAUGCAGGUUCGUUUUUGCUUAACUUAUAUUUUUGGAACUUCAUACUUCUGCAGAGUACACACUUCUCUUUCGCUCACGCUGUACUCAAAUGAACCAAAUAGAAGACUCAUUGUCAAACUUUUCUGUGAUAUAGGAUGAACUUAGACACACUUAUUUCCUAGAUUUAGUUUCCAUUAUAUUUCUUCCCAAACCAUUAACGUAUAUGUUUGCGAGCUCCUUACUUCACUUAUAUCUUAUUGACUCAUUUUCAAAAAAAUAUCUUAUUGACUCACAAUGUUUGCAUGUUAUUUCACUCUUGCAGAUGUUUUUCCCACUUGGUUCGACUUCCAGUGCCAUCAUUGGUGGCCUAAGUGCUAUUGUGUUCUCAGGAUACGUGGUCUAUGACACUGAUAACCUGAUCAAGCGAUUUACAUAUGAUGAGUACAUUUGGGCGUCUGUCAAUCUUUACCUCGACAUCCUGAACCUGUUCCUCACCAUUCUGCAAAUGCUCAGGCAGGCAGAAAACUAAGAUGUCUUAGGUUAUCACCCCGAAUUGCAUAGUGCAUGGAUGAUACACUAGGAUUGCUUUAAAUUCCUGCUCUGUGAAUGCAGAAAUCCUUGUGGAUAUUGUACAUCUCAUGGUACUGCUACCUGACAUUACUACUAAAAGUCUAUAACUCUGCUUUGGCUUUGUGCCGUUGAUGACCGAAUCAAGUGUAUUACUCAUGAAUGAUCCAAUAUUUGUAGUUUCUCUGCCCUUGCCCUUGAGCAAAUGUAGAUGGAUGAAACUGUUAAGUCUCCCUGUUUUCGUUUGCAAGGCUUUAUGUUCUGUGCUUGUUUGUUGGGUAAUAUUCCUUCAUCAUUGCGAUUGGGAAGGGCGAACCUAUAUGUGAUGUUAACCAAUGUGCAAUAGAAGACGUACAUUUGACUCAAAAAUGUGAGUAAUAUAUAUACAUCCACAGAAUUUCUUUCAAAUUAGUCAUUUUUUUCUCAUAGAUUUUGUGAUCUCGGCAUUGGUAACGAAAUC